AUGGAAGUGGCCAACAAUGUCACAGAAUUUAUAUUCCUAGGACUUUCUCAAGAUCCUGGAAUGCAACUGAUGUUCUUUUUCCUAUUUCUCCUCUUCUACAUGGUGAUCAUGCUGGGAAAUCUGCUCAUUUUGCUUACAGUUGUUUCUGAUCACCGACUCCACACACCCAUGUACUUCUUCCUUAGUAACCUGUCUUUUGUAGACAUCGCUUAUUCUUCAGCCACAGCACCCAAGAUGAUUGCAGACUUUAUUUCUGAGAAAAAGACUAUUUCCUAUUGGGGCUGUGUCGUUCAGAUGUUUACCUUCCACUUUUUCGGUUGUGCUGAGAUUUUUGUUUUGACCGUCAUGGCUUUUGACCGUUAUGCUGCCAUCUGCCAACCCCUUCGUUAUACCACCAUCAUGAGUGCCAAUACUUGUAUUGCGCUGGCAUCGGUGUCCUGGUUAGGAGCCCUGGGCCAUUCUUUUGUUCAAACCCUCCUGACCUUUCAGUUGCCCUUUUGCAAUGCACAGGUCAUAGAUCAUUACUUCUGUGAUGUCCAUCCAGUCCUGAAACUUGCUUGUGCCGAUACAACUCUGGUAAAUAUAUUGGUGAUUGCCAACAGUGGCCUCAUUUCCCUGGGAUGUUUUCUCAUUCUUAUGACCUCCUACACAGUCAUUCUGUUCAGUCUUCGAAAUCGGUCCGCAGAGAGCCGCCGCAAGGCUCUCUCUACCUGUGGGUCUCAUUUCACUGUAGUAACUUUAUUCUUUGUCCCAUGUAUCUUCAUUUAUCUCCGCCCAUCGACUACUUUCCCUCUGGAUAAAGCUGUAUCUGUAUUUUAUACUACCAUCACCCCCAUGCUCAACCCACUUAUCUAUACUCUGAGGAAUGAGGAUGUGAAGAAUGCCAUGAAACGGCUAUGGAAUCGCAAGGUCUUGAAGGAAACGCAGAAGGGAUAG